AUGUCAUCAGUCCUGGCUGUAGUCUCUCUCCUCCUCCUGCAGACUGGGGUCCAAGGAUUCCUGGUUCUCUUCGCAGGCAGCUCCAUGGACCACCUGGAGAUCACUAGGGAAGCCAUCUUACAGACCACGGCACAGGUGUGCAACCAACUGGCCUCUGUUGAGGGAAGAGACUUCACUCUGCCGGUAAGUAAACUAAAGCCACAAAACUAAGUACUACAUCAAACUCAUAUACAGUCGCUGUAUUUUAUUUAUACUUUUGUCAUAGUAAAGAAAGUAUUGGUGUUGUGUUUUCUAAUGUAGUACAGAAUAUAGUAGAAUACAUUUUAUUUACACCAAUGUGUGUUACAAUGUGUGUGUGUGUUUGUGUGCGUGUUUGUGUGUGUGUGUGUGUGUGUGUGUGUGUGUGUGUGUGUGUGUGUGUGUGUGUGUGUGUGUGCGUGUUUGUGUGUGUGUGUGUGUGCGUGUUUGUGUGUGUGUGUGUGUGUGUGUGUGUGAGUGUGUUUGAGUGUUUGUUUGUGUGCGUGUUUGUUUGUUUGUGUGUCUGUUUGUGUGUGUGUUUGUGUGUGUGUUUGUGUGUGUGUUUGUGUGUGUGUUUGUGUGCGUGUGUGUGUGUGUGUGUGUGUGUGUGUGUGUGUGUGUGUGUGUGUAGCCCGGACCCCUGACUGCAGAGGUUCUGGCUCUAGCCUGCUCCUCAUCGGGGUCUGCUAAGAGUUUCCAGAGUGCCAUAUCAGACGUCACCUGGAGAAAUGCCGGAGUUGACUUCCGUCACCUGUUCAAUGAAGAGUACCACUUUGAUGGGGAGAGGUUCGUGGAGGGGCGGAAACUCAUCACAGAUGGCUUGACCUCUGUCAAAGCCAACGUCAAGCGAGGGAACUUUGAGGCAGCAAGACAGACGCUGGGAGACAUUUUACACACCUUACAGGUAAUUUACAUGAUUUACAUGAUCUCCACAAGACAAGAGAGAGACAUUGCUUUUGCUGAAAUAUUAGUUUAGCUAAAAGCAUUUAAAUCACAUGGCAUUUGGCAUAGCACUAUUUUAAACAACUUAUCAUUCUUAUAUUUUCAGGACUUCUACAGUCACAGUAACUGGAUAGAACUGGGCAACAGAUUUCCCCAUCCCAAUCUCAUCAGAUCAGACGUGUCGGACAUCGGCCCAGUUGCAGGUAUUGCGAGGGCGUGCGCCUGGGUGUGUGUUAAAGAGGGGGAGUAAUAUUGAAAGUGAAAGAGUUUGGAGAUGGCUAAUUGCCAUCUGAAACAGGCAGGUUGAUGUUCCUUUGAGGAGACCAGGGGUGUAACAUUCAGGUUCGACAACGAUCCUUACACAUUCAACACAAAGGGGUUUUUGUCAAUUGGUGAUUGCCAAAGGGAUGCCAAGUGGAUGACAAGAAAGAGGCAGAAAAAGUGUUUACUCGACUCACGACAACAAACUGAUACGGACCAGUGCACGAUGCUGCUGAAAGAGCAGCCACAUGCCAAUUGUUAUAGUUUCUUUGUCCUGAAUUGGUGGUUGCCAAAAUAGAGGUCAUGUGAUGCUGUAAGGAAAAUUAACAUGUCUAUUGCUCAUUAUACAGGAUGUGGGUCAAAUAUUGGCUUAUGCAGUCACAACAUGCUGCCUUAGUAAAGGUCAUGUAAUGGUGUUUUACAUCAAUAGUCUUUUAGAGCACGUAGUGUUGUAGUACCAUGAUGUAGUUUAUAUUGUGAAACCUCUAUCCACCAGAUAAGAGCACGCCCACAUGUCGGAGCUGUGUCGGGAAAGACUGCCAGAACAACAUCCUAGAAAACAUCAUCAGAGACAAGAAGCUGACCUCUGGAUAUUUUGGCCUUGAACCUUUUUUUUCCACCAAACCAAAAGGUAUAAUCAGCCUCUAAUCUGAUUUUAAUCAGAUUUACACCGUGAAAUGACCGGAGGUAGCAUAGCAAUAGCAUACCAAACUAGUUGCAUGUCUCUAUGUGCUUUGGUGUUAAAGGAGUGGGUCGCAGUUCCGGAGCGACCCACUAGGUGUCAUCCUCCGACAACCAUAGGCACCUCCUCACUCACAGUCGGGACUAAUUAUCUGCCUAUUGGUGUCACCUGUGUCUAUUUAUGCCCUCACUUCCCUGUGUUCCCUUGCUCAGUUUUCUGUGCUAGUUCCUUGAUGUCAAGCAGUACGUAUCAGUGUCGGAUCACGUAACGGAGUUACGGGUACUCGAAAAGUGUUCUCCCUGUGUCAUUGUGUUUUUCCAGUCAGAGUUAGUAUUUCAUAUUGUUUGCUGUCAGCCUGUUAUUUGGAGACCUAUGUGCUCCUCAUUUGUUAUCAUGUAUAGUCUGUUGUUUUGUAUCCUGGCUUUUGGACCACCAGUAAAGAUCCUUGUUUCACCAUCUCUGCCUACUGCCUACUGUCUAUCCUGCACCGCACCUGGGUCACACCUCACACCAACCCUUACAGAAAACUGAGCCAAUAUGGACCCAGCGGAGGCAGCACAGUAUCAUAGCGCAUUGGCAGCGCAGGGAGCCAUGCUGGAUCAGCACGACCGCAGCCUGCAGCAGAUCAUUGAGAAUCUCUGCCAGCUGACGAUCGCCGUGCAGAGCCGAGUGGACACCCGACCGGUCCCGGCAGCCGCCUGAGACAUCGUGGGAACCCCGCCUACCACCUCCGGAGAGUUACGACGGACGUCCAGAGGGCUGCAGGGAAUUCCUCACCCAGUGUUCCCUGAUGUUCAGCCUACAACCCUCCUCCUUUCCGACGGAGCAGGGCCGGGUGGCCUACAUUAUCAUUCUGUUGACAGAUCGGGCCCUUUCUUUGGCUACCGCGGAGUGGGAGAGCCAAACUCCGGCGUGCUCCGACUCCUACCAAUUCACCCGGGAGUUACGCAAGUUGUUCGACACCUCUUGGGUGGUGUCGGGGCACACGACCGGGAGGCGGCUCACGGCUUGUCGGCAGGGUGUCCGCUCGGUGGCGGACUACUCCGUGGAGUUCCGGACCCGGGCUUGAGAGGCAGGAUGGAAGGAGACCGCCCUGGUUGUCCUGUACGCGCAGGGGCUAUCGGAGGGGAUGAAGGACGAACUCUCCUUCAGGGAGCUGCCUGAGCAACUGGACGGCCUCGUCGACCUCUCGGUGCGUGUGGACAAUUGGCGUUGUGAGAGGGCUUAUGAGAGAGGCAUGACGCAAGGCUCGCCUCCGCGUCUCCCUAUCAGCCUGGAGGCUUUCCGCCAAUUCAGGGAGGAGACGCUUCAGGAGGAGGCUAUGCAGCUGGGUGCGGCGCGCUUGUCCCGGAUGGAGAGGCAGAGGUGUCUGCCCCAGGUACUUUGCCGGUACUAUGGCCACACAGGUCACCACGGCGACUCAUGCCCGGCGAAGCCGGGAAAACGGGUGGGCUCACUGGUAUCGGGAAGGGUGCUAGUGAGCCGGAACCGAAACCCCAAACUCCAGAGAUGACCAGACUUUUCUCCCCGUCAGGGUUCAGUGGGCCAGCGCUGCGCGUCGGGUGCAUGCACUGGUGGAUUCUGGGGCCGCGGGAAACCUGAUGGCCCAAGGGUGGAGCGUUCCAUUACUCUCUCUCUGAGCCGGUUCCAAUCAUGGGCCUGGACGGCCGGCUGUUAUCGUGCGUGUCCGGGUGGCGGGGGAGGCUAUGGGAGUAUAUCCAGUUUUUCAUUGUGGACUCUCCGGAGUGUCCCCUCGUCCUCUGGUACCCCUGGCACUGUUACAGGAUAUCCUUGUUGUUACAGGAGAUCCUACUGCCUACUGUCUAUCCUGCACCGCACCUGGGUCACACCUCACACCAACCCUUACACUUUGGUCGUAUGUGCUUUAUACAGCUCCUCAAAAGCAAAGGGAGAAGUUAGCUAAAUUAUUAUGUGUAUUAUAAUUAAUUGACAUUUUUUUGUAUGGGUUAUGUUAGGGUAAAUCAAUCUGACAUUUUAAAUUCAAAAUUACAAACUUUAGAAGCUUUUUUUAUCUUGAAAACUCUACAUGUUUGCAUUUGCUGCUAUGCAGGAAAAUUCCUGCAACAACAAGAUGAUCAAAUUAAGAUACUGCAUCUGUAGGACCAGGCUAGUAGCUGACAGGCAGAGAAGAAAUAUCGAUGUAAUAACAAGAUCCUGACGGCAGUUCUAAGUGACCAUCGUAUUGUCCUGAUAAUCUCUAUCUGUUGGCAGGGAAGUGCAGCCAUGGGGGCUCAUUGGACCGGACAAGCGGGCAGGAGCCUACGGGUGGGAUCAACAAAGACUCGCUUGAGUCCAACCAUGGCAACUUGCACACUGCAGCUGCAGAGGUGGCCGUGGUUGCAACCAGGCAGCUGCUGGAGGACAUCAGAGGGGCUGCCGGGGACACAGACUUCCUACGGUGGGGAAUUGUACUUAAUCAUAUAAGCACUGUUGUGAAGGGUAAUGGCAACCGACUGGAAGGACCACGAAGAAAAGGACUAGGGUUGGAAGGAGGCUUUUAAGGUCUCUACAGUGUAUUCAGAAAGUAUUCAGACCCAUUUACUUUUUCCACAUUUUGUUACGUUACAGCUUUAUUCUGAAAUUGAUUAAAUCGUUUUUUCCCCUCAUCAAUCUACACACAAUACCCCACAAUGACAAAGCAAAAACAGGUUUUUAGAAACUUUUGCAAAUGUAUAAAAAUGUAAAACUGAAAUAUUCAGACCCUUUACUCAGUACUUUGUUGAAGGCACCCUUGGCAGCGAUUACAGCCUUGAGUCUUCUUGGGUAUGACGCUACAAGCUUGGCACACCUGCAUUUGGGGAGUUUCUCCCAUUCUUCUCUGCAGAUCCUCUCAAUCUCUGUCAGGUUGGAUGGGGAGCGUCGCUGCACAGCUAUUUUCAGGUCUCUCCAGAGAUGUUAGAUCGGGUUCAAGUCCGGGCUCUGGUUGGGCCACUCAAGGACAUUCAGAGACUUGUCCCGAAGCCACUCCUGCGUUGUCUUGGCUGUGUGCUUAGGGUCAUUGUCCUGUUGGAAGGUGAACCUUCGCCCCAGUCUGAGGUCCUGAGCGCUCUGGAGCAGGUUUUCAUCAAGGAAAACUUUGCUCCGUUCAUCUUUCCCUCAAUCCUGACUAGUCUCCCAGUCCCUGCCGCUGAAAAACAUCCCCACAGCAUGAUGCUGCCACCACCAAUGCUUCACCAUAGGGAUUGUGCCAGGUUUCCUCCAGACGUGACACUUGGCAUUCAGGACAAAGAGUUCAAUCUUGGUUUCAUCAGACCAGAGAAUCUUUUCUCAUGGUCAGAGUCCUUUAGGUCUCUUUUGGCAAACUCCAAGCGGGCUGUCAUGUGCCUUUUACUGAGGAGUGGCUUCCGUCUGGCCACUCUACCUUAAAGGCCUGUUAGGUGGACUGCUGCAGAGAUGGUUGUAGACAGUUUUGUGCCUUUCCAAAUCAUGUUCAAUCAAUUGAAUUUACCACAGGUGGACUCCAAUCAAGAUGUAGAAACAUCUAAUGGAUGAUCAAUGGAAACCGGAUGCACCUGAGCUCAAUUUCGAGGCUCAUAGCAAAGGGUCUGAAUACUUACGUAAAUAAGGUAUUUAUGUUUUUAUUUGUUAUACGUUUGCAAAAAAAUCUAAAAACCUGUUUUCACUAUGUCAUUAUGGGGUAUUGUGUGUAGAUUGAUGAGGGAAAAAAUUAAUUUAAUCAAUUUUAGAUUAAGGCUGUAACGUAACAAAAUGUGGAAAAAGGGAAGGGGUCUGAAUACUUUCCGAAUGCACUGUAGGAUGGAUGUGUUGAGUUGUGGCUUGUAAGGCCUUGGAGAUACUUUUGGCCAUGUAGUGUAUGUGGACACUUCCUCGUCAAACAUCUAAUUCCAAAAUCAUGGGCAUUAAUAUGGAGUUGGUCCCCCCUUUGCUGCUAUAACAGCCUCCACUCCUCUGGGAAGGCUUUCCUCUAGAUGUUGGAAACAUUGCUGCGGGGACUUGCUUCCAUUCAGCCACAUGAGCGUUAGUGAGGUCGGGCACUGAUGUUGGGCGAUUAGGCCUGGCUCGCAGUCUGCGUUCCAAUUCAUCCCAAAGGUGUUCGAUGGGGUUGAGGUCAGGGCUCUGUGCAGGCCAGUAAAGUUCUUCCACACCGAUCUCGACAAUCCAUUUCGGAAUGUCAUUGUAUGCUGUAGCGUUACGAUUUUCAUUCACUGGAACUAAGGGGCCCGAACCAUAAAAAACAGCCCCAGACCAUUAUUCCUCCUCCACCAAACUUUACAGUUGGCACUAUGCAUUCGGACAGGUAGGGUUCUCCUGGCAUCUGCCAAACCCAGAUUAGUCCGUCGGACUGCCAGAUGGUGAAGAGUGAUUCAUAACUCCAGAGAACGCAUUUCCACUGCUCCAGAGUCCAUUGGCGGCGAGCUUUACACCACUAGCAGACGCUUGGCAUUGCGCAUCUUAGGCUUGUGUGUGGCUGCUCGACCAUGGAAACACAUUUCAUGAAGCUCCCGAUGAACAGUUCUUGUUGCUUCCAGAGGCAGUUUGGAACUAGUGAGUGUUGCUUAUAGAUGUUUCCACUUCACAAUAACAGCACUUACAGUUGACCAGGGCAGCUCUAGCAGGGCAGAAAUUUGACUAAUUGACUUGUUGGAAAGGUGGAAUCCUAUGACAGUGCCACGUUGAAAGUCACUGAGCUCUUCAGUACGGGCCAUUCUACUUCCAAAUGUUUGUCUAUGGAGAUUGCAUGGCUGUGUGCUCGAUUCUAUACACCUGUCAGCAACGGGUGUGGUUGAAAUAGCCGAAUCCACCAACUUGAAGGGGUGUCCACAUACUUUUGCCAUGUAGUGUAGGAUUGAUGUGGAUAACAAGGGUUUAGGAUAUGGUGGUCAUGAAGAUACAAAAGGAAAACAUUAAGGAAAACAUUAAAACAGUGCAGACAUGACAAAGUAGUGCCAGGUGACUAUGGGGAAUAGGCUUAACAUAUAACAUGUAUAAACUAAGGACACUGCUAGGAUAAAUAUGACUAAGGGUUAAAGGCAACAUAAUACACAAUGAUUCCAUAAACAACCCAUUGUGCUCUGUGUAAUAAAAUCAAGAAUUGGAUUCCUGCUCAUUCCUCUAACAUGACCGAUGUACCAUAGCGGUAGCAACAGUCCUGAACCGAACUUCACAGUCCACCCUGGGCUAGAUCGUUUCUUCAUGGCCCUUGAGCCGGAUAAGACUGCUGCCAUGGAACCAGACAACCUACCUGAAGGAGGUGCAGGGGUCAUCCCCAAACGCCUUCAAAACACACACAGAACACACAAAGAACUCUUCAGCCCCUUUCAAUACCAGCUCCUCCUAGACGAUGUUAACAGACAUCAACAACCAACCAGACAAUACAGGUCAGCGUUCCACCCCAGGGCCUUCCCUCACCAGUGGUUAGCGUGCCACCUCCAGGCCUUUCCUCUCCAGUGACCAGCAUGCCACGCCCUUCGGGUACCUCUCCUGUGGCAAGUGUGCAACCUCCAAGACACCCCCUGGUGGACAGAAUUCCAACCCCAGGCCUUCCGGCUGGCAAGACAAACCCAAACCCUCCAACUGUCCAGAGGUAUGAUGAGCUUCGCCUUCCUCCUUCUGUGGCCUUUGGAGCGUGCCGCCCUCCGCCAUGAGACAGCCAGGGCCAAUCGACCAACAAGUCCUGAACCUAACUUACAGUCCAUCGAAACCCUAGUCCUUUUCUUCAAGCACAUUUAUCUGCCUCUGACCCUGCUGCACAUGUGCAACAACUUUUGCACUGCAUAACACAUGAGAUGCCUUCUCUUUCUCUCUCUCCAUCUCUCUCUCGCUCUCGCACUCUCUCUCGCUCUCUUUCUAUCUCUCUCACUCUCUCUCUUACUCUCUCAGGAUGAUGGGGAUCUCUAAGAAUGGAUCUAGAGUUCUGUGUUUUGUGAUCGACACCACCGGCAGCAUGUCGGACGACAUCGCAACGGUAAAGAAGACCACAGCGUUCAUCAUCGACAGCAAGAGAGGAACGCCAAACGAGCCCUCAGCCUACAUCUUGGUCCCCUUCAACGACCCAGGUGAGAGAUGGCAUCCUCUACCCUACGGGCCCUGGUCCAAAGUAGUGCUCUAUGCAGAGAAUAGGGUGUCAUUUGGGACGCAGCCGUGAUGCAACCUGUCUGACAGACCCCGGAAUCGGGCACUCGAAUAAUCCCCAAAAAUAUGUGUAUGUUUACAUGACUUAUUUUAUUGAUUUCCCACCAUUUUAUAAAUCAGAAGACAGCCAUCUAGACCUUCCUAGGACCAUGUAAAUGUCCCCUGUCGAAUUAACGUGUAUUUGCCUCCCUCUGGUGGUCGGCUGCAUCUUUACAUCCAUUUAUAUCACUUCACUGCAAACGUCACGUCAAAGGGAAGGUCCUUUGAAAAACAUUUAUCCAGCUGGACUGCUUCACGGCACAGACAUGGCAAAGCAAUCGCUGAUUUUGUCUCGAGCAGGCGGAUCUAAAUACAUAACUUUCGUACCUCUAUGAUAAAGAAUGCGACCUACACACUUCCUUAAACCUAAAAUAGGUAAAGAAGUAAUUUGGUGUGGAAGUCAAACAUUUGUUUUACAUCAGAGGCAGAAACAUUGCAUAUGUUCAGAAGGACAAAAUGGAGCCCUUUAGAUAGCCCUUCUCCUCUUGUCUAUAGGAGGCCCUUCUCCUCCUCUAUAGGAGGCCCUUCUCCUCUUGUCUAUAGGAGGGAGGCACGCUGUUUAAAUGGCCCAAAUGUUGAUUUAGACGUUCACAAAUGUGACAGGGGACACUACUACAUCAAUAUAAUAUUGCCCUCUUGCUAGACUGAUGAUUUAAACCAUUGCGAAACAGUGCAAAAUGGCUGUCAGCUCAACUGGUUUUAAACAAACCAGCAUACUCUCAGCUGUAUACCAAAACAAGCACCAGGGCUGGUAUUUUGCACAAAACAAACCCACCAAAUCUCAGAUUGUAGCUUUUAAGAUAAAUUACCUAACAUACUACAUGACAUGGAUUCCUAAAAUAACUCUGCAUAGACUACUACUGUGUGUAGCUAACAGCAUUUUCAGGGAGAGAAAAAGAAAACAUGUAAUCUUAUACUGUAAUAUCUCUGUACUUAGUGUGACAGUCCACACAAUCUGAUCAAUGUGUAUGACAUGGAUAACGUGUAUGACAUGGAUAACGUGUAUGACAUGGAUAACGUGUAUGACAUGGACAACGUGUAUGAGAUGGAUAAUGUGUAUGACAUGGAUAACGUGUAUGAGAUGGAUAACGUGUAUGAGAUGGAUAAUGUGUAUGACAUGGACAACAUGUAUGACAUGGAUAAUGUGUAUGACAUGGAUAACGUGUAUGAGAUGGAUAAUGUGUAUGAGAUGGAUCUUGUCCAAUCCUAACGUGUAUGACAUGGAUAACGUGUAUGACAUGGACAACAUGUAUGACAUGGAUAAUGUGAAUGACAUGGAUAACGCGUAUGACAUGGAUAAUGUGUAUGACAUGGAUAACGUGUAUGAGAUGGAUAACGUGUAUGAGAUGGAUAAUGUGUAUGAGAUGGACCUUGUCCAAUCCUAUUAUUUUUGUGCCACAAGACUUUGGACCCCUGAUGCGGACCACGGACCCAGACAUCUUUAAGGCCCAGAUCAAUGCACUGUAUGCUGCUGGAGGAGGGGAUCUCCCGGAGAUGAGUCUAUCAGGACUUCAGGUACAUUGACAGUGGCUGACGAACCUGUAGUGUAGGACAGACAUGUACAACCAAUAUAAGACUGUAUACCUUAUGGAACAACGGGGACUGUGAAGAGACACACACAAGGGUAUUGACACAUUCAUACGCACACAUUGUGAUAUUGUUUUAUGGUGGUAUUAAACAUUUUGUAUUGUAGAUAUGUAGUGGUGUAAUAAUGUUUUAUGAUGUACUGUUUUAUAUUCUGUUUAAUAUGUAAUGUAAGUGCCUUGGCAGCAGCUAAUGGGGCUCCCUAAUAAAUACAAAUAUAACUGUUAUGAAUUUGUAUUGUGAAUUUGCCUUCCAGCUGCCAGUUCAACAUAGAAUGCAUUCCCAAUACAUUCUAGUGAUAUGCUAGUGUGACCGUGUCCCCUGUGCUUUCUACAGCUGGCUUUAACUGGUGCACCCCCCUCUUCAGAGAUCUUCCUUUUCACUGAUGCCCCCGCAAAAGACUUGUAUCUAACAGGCACGGUGAACGCCCUCAUAGAACGCACUAAGUCAGUGGUGAGUAGCUGGGCUUGUUUGGCUCUGUGACGAGCAACAUUAACCGGUAACGUUUCCGUCUUCCUCUAGCUUUUUCAUGCCUUUGGAUUUAUUGAUUUUCACAAUCGUAGAGAACUUCACAAUCGCAGAGACUUCACAAUCGUAGAGACCUUCACAAUCGUAGAGACCUUCACAAUCGUAGAGAGAAAAACAUCAAAUUCCUUGACUUUUCUCUCCUUUCUCUGCCCCUCAAUUCACUAUGUAUUCUCUCUCGCUCUCUCUCUCUCUCUCUCUCUCUCUCUCUAGGUGACAUUCUUCCUAACUGGCUCUUUGGGUCUCCGUCGUAGGAGGGGUAGUGACCAGGGCCAAGGACAGGUCCAGCACAGUCGGAUGGCAGUGUCAGACGCCCAGCUCUACAGGAACCUGGCCCAGUCCUCAGGUGGCCAGGCAAUACAGGUCACCAAGACAGAGCUGCCCAAGGCCACCAGCAUCCUUGUGGAAUCCUCCAGCUCUUCCUUGGUAGCCUUUGACUCCAAUAGUAAACAUUAGGGUAACCCUAGGUCCAAAAUGUGAAGUUUGGGAGAAGAUAAUUCUAAUAUCCCAUAACUCUUUGCAUAAAUGUGGAAGAAUUCUAUACAAGGGAUCAGCUCUAUCUUAUUUAUUUUCAAAAAGCUUGCACUCAUUUAUUAAGACCCCCCCCCCUUCUCUCCCACCCCUUUCUCUCUCUCUCCUCUCCUUCAUUCUUUCAGGUGACCAUUCUACAGGCUGUGAGGAGUCCAGGAAGGGCUGAUAAUUUCUCCUUCACAGUAGAUGAGUCUGUGAGAAACCUGACUGCUUAU